AUGGAAGAUAAGAAAGCCAAAGUCAAACUGACAAUUCUAGGCCAUUUGGUCGAUGUGCAGGAUGGGGUGGGCAAGAUUGGCGAGGCUGUGCAUUGGGCCCGAAACUUCAUUAGAGACGAGAUCAAGGAUGUGCCGGAGGGUCUUGCAUAUGACACGUCACAACUGCACUACUACGUUGAGACGGAGUCACUUCUCUUACCUAACGACAUGGAGCCUAGCUUGAAGGCUGACCUGACGAAGCGCGAUACAGACCUAUAUAAGCUCGUCAUUGACUUCUAA